AUGGCCAGCAUGAUCUAUGCACCCGCAUCGUGCUCUUGGGAACUGUCACCCGUCUGUGAGUCAGAUUCAUAGCCCACGUCGGCGGCGGAAUCGCUUAAGCGAGUACUGCUUCGACUACACAGACAGGCAUGCGUCGUCGACGGUCUUCUUCCCGGCCUCGCUCCUCGUCGUCUCGACCCAUCAGCAGCGAGUCAUUCUCCGUAGAUCUGAUACGCUCGAGAUCCAACGCACCUGGACCCUACCCGUGCCCGCACAGCGCCCCACGGCAACCGCAACCCCAACGGCGGCCAAACCUCUCCGCGAGCGCAACUCGUCCUCCGUGGCCCGACCAGCGUCACCGACGACCCACAAAGCCGCGAUCGAAGCUCCCCUCUUGACCCAUCUGUCCAUCUCGCCGAAUGAGCCGCACCAUAUCGUCGUAUAUGCCCCCAAGCUGUCCACGGCCUGGGUCUUGUCGAUCGAGUCGGGGGAACCGAUCGCUCGGCUCGAGAUUGGUGCCGAAGGGUGUGCGGCUAUCGCUUGGAGUCCGGAUGGGUCUCGAUUGCUGGCUUGGAGUGGGAACCAUGUCAGUACAUCUAUUUCGCGAAAGCGCGCUUGUGUAGAGAGGUGCCGACGACGACGCUGACGUGAAGAUUUUGUCGCCGGCCCGAACCAAACAGAUCCGCCUGACGGUCUAUGACCUGACCGAACCGAGGCAGAGCGUUCAUAUCCUCAGCCCCAAACUUAUCUUUCCCCUAGGUCAGUCUUUACUCUCUUUGCUGUGAUAGUGUUGCUCAUGCUGAGCACCCUGUGCUACCCCCCUCAGGUAUCUCCCACUCCCCGACCCAGCCUUCCAUCUUUGCCCUCGUCGAGCGCCACAACUCCCGUGACGUGAUCGCCAUCUACCAUUCGCGACCCCAAACUACGACCCUGAUAAAUUCGUUCCAACUCCCCUCCCACACCUCGGAUGUCGCCGACCUCGCCUUCUCCCCCUGUGGUCGCCACCUCGCCGUUUGGGAGCACGCCGUCAAUGAUCUGAUUGUGCACAUCUAUUCCAAGAGUGGUCAGCUACUCAAGACGUUCGCCCCCUAUUCGUCAACGAACCUUGGGGUGGAAUUAAAGCAUGGUGCUAGUGGAAAUACCCAGGACGAGGAGGUUGACGAGCCUAAGAAGCGAAUGCUCGAAAAGGAGCUUCGGAGGCAGGAACGAUUGACCGAGGGCUGGAUCGGGAUGGGCGUCCGAAGCAUCCGAUGGCAUCCGAGUGGGGAAUACCUCGCGAUUGGGGGUUGGGAUGGAAAGGUGAGUUUCAACAUAUGUCCUUUUUGAGGCAUGCAGGACACCGGGGCUGAUCUUCCCCCUAAGUUGCACAGAUCCGAAUCUUGUCUCGUCUCGGAUGGAGACCCAUGGCUGAGCUCUUGCAUCCCGUCAAAGUUCCCUCCAGCGUGGUGAUUCUUCUGAAUUGGCACUGAUUGAAUCAUUUCGGAACGCGAUCUAAACACCUCGAGUACCUUCACAGGCCGUCUUUGAAGAGCCUUCGUCUUGGAUCUCACGAACCUUGGGUCACGGCAUCGUUCCUUGUAAGUCAGAUGCUGACAUCUUCUCUUGUAUGAGAAGCCGAGGCUUACUUUGUGAUAUCUCUUCCCAGUCGAAACUCCCUCGACGCCCUUCAACCCGCCUUCUGUUCGACCCGACCUCGAUCGACCGAUGCCUCAGCUGGGCGUCAAGCACCUCGCCUGGUCCAAAUCCGGAGAAUGGCUCGCAUCUCACAACCGUGAGUUGGAGAAUGCUGGCGGCUGCUCGUACGCAGCUGAUUAUUUAUCAAGCCUUUCGCUUCCAGAAACCUACCCGACGGCUCUGUGGAUCUUCUCCUUUUCUGCGCCUGCCUCCUCGCCCGAUGGCGACUCGACCGAGACGCGCACGAUUCGACCAACCCUCCACUCACUGAUCGUCCACGACACAGCCGUCACGUCCUUCGAGUGGUCAGCCUCCCCCAACCUCCCCGAAGAACUUGCGAUCGCAACAGGGACCAAAUCCUUCACGACCUGGCGUGGACCCGAUCCACGAUCAACUUCCUCCAAAGCUUGCGUCGAAGGAGUCGGUAUCCCAGCUCGGAAUGUCGAUUUCCAAGCAAAUGGAUUGAAGUUCUCUAUGGAUGGCCAGGAGUUGCUGCUGCAUGAUCGGACCAUGUUUGUGGUGGCUUACCCCGUCGCGGACGAGCAGGGGCCCGAGAUGACUUUUUCGGUGAAUUGA